GUUCUCCAUUUUGUGUUAUGCUUGAAGGUUAGCGUAUAGAGUCGUGCGUACUUCCCUAAUGGCUAGCUGGGGAGCACUGUAGCUCAGCUUGUUUACUUGCCGUUCCACUUCUGCUUCUCAGGCCUGCAAUAAGAAUCGAGAGACGUAAAUAUCAAACUGACCCCUUCACUCGGCUUGACUUUAGCUUUUCAUCGACAUAUGUAGGACGAAGAUACGACGCCAGAGGAUUUCAUAAAUAGCAAGUCACUAUUGGCGUGUUGUGCUCGGCCAAUUUCAACCACAACAAUGUUGACUGACGACAGGUGGGCUCCCGUCAACAGGAAGUCUUUUCAAGGAUGGACAACAGUGAAGUAAAGCUAACACUGAGCAGAGAUGACCGUGCAGGUAAACCGGUCAACAUCCAAACUCCAGUGGGGGACAGUCCAUUGAAAGUGCCCCCACUCAGCGUUAGCAACUCUCCAGCCUCUGUUCUUCUCCCUUCCAGUCAAUUAAUGCAGCCCGGACAGUCUAACGGCCUCAACAGCAGCCCUGCGCUAGUGGAAGUGGCAUCCUCUUCUAUCACUGCCAACGUUGGCGCGUUGCAGGAAGAUCCCCAACCUAAGGGCUUGACCAAAGAUCAGAAGUUGCUUUCAUCUAGUCGCCUAAACUUCGAGGAGAAGUUGCCACAGUCAGGGGGCAGGAUAGCACACCUAACUCCGUCUUCCAUGGAUUCCCUUAUCGGAGGAUCCGAUCCGAGCUUUUUCACCAUGAAAACGGAAGAUUUCUCUUUGGAUAAAGUAGGUCACGACCCUAUUGACCUUGAUCAUGCUUUUGAGCACAUUGGCAAAGACAUAGACAUGAACCAGAAGUUAUUCAGCGAUAACACGAUGGAUCUGCUCAGUGACUUUGAGCUCAACGGCUCUCCUUCGGAUUUUUAUGUCGGGGACGACGCUUUCCUGUCCACUUUAGCAGAUGAUGCUCUGCUGCCAGAUGUCACCCAGGAGAAGGAAAUCAAGCCCGUUACGGCUGAGAACGCUAACAGCAGCGGCCCGCUCGCUUUCAAUGGCAACAACAUCAUCACCAGUCCCGAUCAGUCCAGCUCAAAUAUUUCCACAAAUGUAGCGCCAAACCCCAUUUUGAUUAAGAAAGAAAAAGACGGCAGCUUCAUUCAGCUCUGCACUCACGGUGUGAUUAAUCAUGAGAAGAUGUCCUACUGCCAGAUAAGCAGUACCACAUCCUCAGACCUGCCCGCAUCCAGUCCCAUCUCCAUCUGUGGGGUGAGCACCUCGGGAGGUCAGAGCUUCCACUUUGGACUUGGCCCACAGCCACUUAAGGAUCAGAAAGUGGUCACCUGCCAGUAUGUUCCCGUUGGCGCACCCUGGAACCAAGGUCUGACUCCUGGGCAAGCGUCAGGCUUGAAUCAAGUCUCUGAGGCCUUCUCAGCCACUCCUACCUACCGCAGCGGCUUUGCCAGCUCGACUUCCCGACCGGAAGGCACCAUGGCACCGUCGUCAUCAACCCAGGGCAAGAGUGGCGCUCACAAAAUCUGCUUUGUGUGCUCCGACGAGGCUUCCGGGUUCCACUACGGUGUGCUCACAUGCGGGAGCUGCAAGGUCUUCUUCAAAAGAGCAGUAGAAGGCCAACAUAACUACUUGUGCGCUGGAAGAAACGACUGCAUCAUCGAUAAAAUCCGCAGGAAAAACUGCCCAGCCUGCCGCUUCCGCAAGUGUCUGAUGGCGGGCAUGAAUCUCGAAGCGCGCAAAACCAAGAAGAAUAACCGCCUCAAAGGUGCCCAGACGAGCAACCCGCCCGAGCUGCUCCCCCCGAAGCUGGCCGAACCUCAGGCGAUCGUGCCCAAGUGUACGCCGCUGCUGGCCCCCACAAUGCUGUCCCUUCUCAAGGCCAUCGAGCCGGACACCCUCUACGCGGGCUACGACAACACCCUCCCCGACACCCUCGCUCGCUUCCUCACCUCCCUCAACAGACUGGGCGGCCGGCAGCUCAUCUCGGCCGUCAAGUGGGCCAAGGCUUUGCCAGGUUUCCGGAACCUCCACCUCGACGACCAGAUGACCCUGCUCCAGUGCUCGUGGCUCUUCCUUAUGUCUUUUAGCCUGGGCUGGAGGUCUUACCAGCAGUGUAACGGCAGCAUCCUCUUUUUUGCGCCGGACCUCAUCAUGAACGAGGAGCAGAUGAAGUUGCCCUACAUGGCCGAACAGUGCGAGCAAAUGAUGAGGAUUGCCAGCGAGUUUGUCCGGCUGCAGGUUUCCCACGACGAGUAUCUUUGCAUGAAGGUCCUGCUGCUUCUCAGCACGGUGCCAAAGGACGGCCUGAGGAGUCAGGCGGCUUUCGACGAGAUCCGGAUGUCAUACAUCAAGGAACUGGGGAAAGCCAUUGUGAAGCGAGAGGAGAACUCCAGCCAGAACUGGCAGCGUUUUUACCAGCUCACCAAGCUGAUGGACUCCAUGCAUGAGAUGGUCGGCGGGCUUCUCAACUUCUGCUUUUACACCUUUGUGAAUAAAUCGCUGAGUGUGGAGUUCCCGGAAAUGCUGGCCGAGAUCAUCAGCCACCAGCUUCCCAAAGUCAAGGCCGGGGGCGUCAAAGCUCUCCUUUUCCACCAGAAAUGACCGUUAGUUCCCAAACGGACACCAUGCCUUAACACCCGCCACCACCAACAGUAUCACCUACUUUCGCCCUAAAGCGUCGCAGUUAAAAGACUGAGAACGUCUUUGGGAGUGAACUGAGGUUUUUUUAGGAAUCUUCUUCAAAAAUUGUCUUGUGGACAAAAGCACUUCACAACCGUGUUGUCUCAGGUGACUCCCUUCAAAUACACAACUAGAUCUCACAGAUUCUACACAUGAAUUAUUCUAUACACAUUUGAUAAUAGAUUUCCAGGUUGUAGUCACAUGCGAACAAACUAAACUUGAUGACUAAUUCGAUUUUUGUAGUUAUCAUAGGAGGCUGCGACUAGGUAGCAACCCUCUGUAAUGAUCCAGCUUGAUUUUAUGCUUUGAUCCGGUUUGAUAUGAAAAACAAUGCCCGAGGAUUGUUCUUUCUUUUCUUACAUUAGACAUUUAAUAAGAUUACUCCACAAGCUGACCUCUUCAAGGUUUACCAUCGUUUCAUAAAGGGAAAAAAAAAAAAAAAAAAAAGUGCCUUUGUUUUGUUGUUGCGUAAAUAAUCAUCUCAGCUAUCUCUCAACUAUACCUGUCGGGGGCAUACCUCUCCUCAGCCCAUUGCAAGUUUACCCUGAUUGUACUCCACGCAGUUGCAACGCUUCCUUUUGAAACGACUGUGUUUUUCCUUGCUCCUUUGAGUGGAUGGAUCUGUGCGCGUGUGCGUGAAUAGUCCCCAGACCACACAGGAAAUUGCCCGAGUGCGACGCAAGCGCUUUGGACUCGGCUAUAAAGGCUUUAAGACUGUGAAGGGUGACUGACUGCGGCUUCUUUUUAGGUUUUAGCCUCCCUAAUCUCAAUUUGGCACCCCCCUCCCUUUAUUCGCUCAUUUAUUUACUUUAACCUCGGAAUCAAUUUAACAGCUUGUGAUUUGCGUCAACCAAUCAGAAGAGAGAUCCUAUUGUCAUGCAGAUUUGUAGCUUAUCAGUGCAUCCAAAGGGUGCGGCCAUGAUGGCGAGGAUGUGAUGGUGAUCAAUGUCGCCACCAAAAUCAGCUCGCUGAAUUUUAUUCAAAAUGCCCACAAACACUUCUGAUGUUAAACAAUAUUAUCAUUGAAGGGUUUGCAUGUUUCCUCAUCUAGUGGCUUUGUUACUUAACUUCAGAAGAGUACCAGGCGUCUUUUAACGUUAGGGCAUUAGAGGCCUAUUUUGCACUGACUGUCAUUAAUGGAGCUGUCAUUUAGUUGAACGGUUCUUUUUUCAGGUUGGCAUGUUUAGAUGAUCUGCCAUAAAAAUUGGUGCACAUUCUGGAUUUUGUCUAAUUUAGGUUUGUCGCUGCCAGAUAUGGCUCUUUUGGCGACAUUAAAAACGUUAUUAAAAACAAUACAUUCGUACACUCAAAAAAUCGUUGGUCUUAGGGAAUUUAAUUGUAUUUAACCUAUAGUUUUUUUUUUAAACGGCAUGGCUCUCAUAGGAAAUUAUUUUUUUAAAUUGGGCAUUUAUGGCUCUGUCCGCCCAAAAGGUUCCUGACUCCUGGUCUUGCGUUUCUUGGAGUGGACAACUUAAACCAAAAUUAAUUAGAGCAAAGGCCACUAUUUGAGGAAAUACUGGAGUUGUUAGUCAGGUCACUUGAUUCAUACAAUGAUCAUGGCGUCAGCUUCCGUGGAAGGGCAAAUUCAUUAAACACAAAUGUGGAGGCGCCUAUUACUAAUGUCUGAUCCAGGCUCAGGUGAUUGUCUUUCUAAUCCAGCUUUUUUUUAUUUUAUUUCAUAAAGUCUUUAAUCGUCAACUCUUUUCUCCAUUCGUUUGGCUAUCAGAAAAAGUCACGUUUUUGCCAUCUUUAAGGUUUACUUUCACAUUCAGUGAACCCAAAUCUCUGCUGCUGCUCUUUUAAAUCACAUACCUAUAAACAGUAUAUAUAUAUAGACAAAUACUUUAAAUACUAAUAACGCACUUGCCUCGUCUUGUUUAGAAAGGUGGCUAUCUUUCUUUCCUGUUCAACAAAAUAUGCAGUAGAAAUGACAGAUUAAUUAAUCACCACCAUGUCACAUAUAAGCUAUUUUCAUACAGAUGUUCAGGAACACGUAUACAGUAACAAACAUGGAUCAGACCGCAUACACAAAGCCUAUUUUAAUGUUCAAUUGACAACAAGGUGACCAAAGCACUUAUUCUCCACACAAACUCGCCAAGUAACUUUUUGUUUAUAUGUGUGCGUGCGCGUUUGUAAAACGAAACAUGACGGCUUCUGUGACAUUGUGUUAAACUGUGAGUCGAGUACACUAGAAUAGGAGUCAAGUCUUUUUCACACCAACUGUAAAAGUCAUCAGCCGGCUUGAACGGGAAAAGCUUUGCACUAGCCAACUGUUGUUUGGAAAUCAAUUUUGUACAAAUUAUAUGCAGACGUUUGUAGACUUGUCAAGGGCAAAUACGAGCUUGGUUUUCCUGUACAUACAUUAUACAUAUAGAUAUACUAUAUAUAUAAAGUAUAUCCCGUGUAAAGACAAGGUGAACUUUUUUUUUUUUUUAUUACACACUUGUCUUUGUUUCCUCUCCACUGUAGUGCCACUACAACCCCCCCCCCCCCCCAAUUUCUCUAUGUAUGUUCUGUACCUCUCUUCCAUCCGAAUGUCCAUGCUGAUUUUUUCCAGAUUUUUUAAAAUGCAGUCAUGUCGUUCUUUGUAAGUCACUGUUCAAGCACCAGUUUAGCAAAAUAAAAGCUUUCCCUCCUGGCA